AAAUCUGCAAGGGAACGGGGAUCGCUGCUUUUUUUUUUACCUCUCCCCCAUCCAGCUUUCCAUAGACAUACACUCAAAAUACAGUUUUCAUGUUUUUCUUUGCCAAGACAUAAGCGAUAGGAAUACGACACCUUUCUUUUAAUUAAGAAAACAAAGGCACCUCGUCAGUUUUUUUCCCGUCUCGCCGUCUUGUCUUAUUUAUUUUACUAAUUGCGGAAGCAGACGUUAUUAAACCAGGCUUCGUGGUCUUUAGUUUUCCAGAAUAUAUAUAUAUAUAUAUUGGAGUAUAGAUGUUUAAGGGAUGGAAGCUGCUAAUCAUUCAUUUGGAUGUAAAUUGUCUUCACUGUGAUUGUUUUCGUUGAAGCGGGGAUUCCCUGAUUUCUUUACUCUUUGCCACACUAUGAGUUUAUCUCUAUGGAAGGCUUUGAAUCUUUUACUUCAGUUUGUGUAGAAUUUCUGGUAGGAAAACGGGUUGACGAUAUUCUAUAUGACCAAAUACGAUCGUCCUUGAAUUUUAACUUCGUAAACUAUGUCAGUUAUUAAUGUUUAUGAAUAAGUGUAUAUGUUUGUUUUAUUUACAUCGUUAAAAUAUCGGCUGAUGCAUUUUAGUAAAUCGGGCAACUGUUGCUUUCUGUUUGUUUAACUGAUAACGCCUCUCCACAAGUUGCGCCGUUUAGGUCGUGAGUGAUGCGCUCGCCGCGACUCCCGACCUCACGACACUGAGCGUGGGCUACAGUUUCACGCACUGGGGCAGGAAUCUGCUCCCUGCCUGAUAUCAAAUGGGAAAUACAAUAGAUUCAGCGCAGCAUCAACACAAUUACGCCUGUGGUUUUCCCGCUGUAAUUUAGAUUUAGUUUGUGUGAGUGCACAAAAAAACCUGUAGAUUUUUUUAAGGGAUGAAUCACAUUUAGGCAUAUGAUGUCGUAUACUAUAAUGUCAGAACGAUCUGGAUCGCCUUCAAGACUUAUGAGUACGUACAGGAGGGUGUGAACUUGCCUGCCCCCGACAACACUUAUUUCAUCUGCUUCAGUAUUUUAUUGCGGGUUGUCGUGACGAUGGAUCUGAAAGUGGAGUCGGAAGAAGCAGACUGCAACCAGCCACCUCCGAUCGACGUUUUUGCGAACAGGUCAACGUUGCACGGCAUCUCCCACAUCUUCACUUACGAGCGGAUCGGCAUUAGACGUUGCUUGUGGGCCGCGUUUUUCCUGGGAUCGCUGGCUUUCCUAGUGUGCGUCUGUGCGGACCGCAUACGCUUCUAUCUCGAGUACCCGCAUGUCACCAAAUUGGACGAAGUAACGGCGCCGGUUAUGGUGUUCCCUGCUGUCACCUUCUGUAACCUGAACUCCUUUCGCUUCAGCCGCGUCACACGCAACGACAUUUAUCAUGCCGGGGAGUUCCUGGAACUGCUGAACAAUAGGUAUGAGAUCCGGGACACACAUCUGGUGGAGGAGACCGUACUGGAGACGCUGAAGGUCAAGGCAGAUUUCUUCAACUUCAAGCCCCGCCCAUUCAACAUGCGCGAGUUCUAUGAUCGCACAGGGCAUGACAUCAAGGACAUGCUCUUGUCCUGCCGCUAUCGUGGAGCUGAGUGCAGCACCGAUGACUUCAAAGUGGUCUUCACGCGCUAUGGGAAGUGCUACACUUUCAAUUCAGGACAAGAACAUCCUCGGCUGCUGUCGGUUAAGGGCGGAAUUGGCAAUGGACUGGAGGUCAUGCUGGAUAUACAACAAGACGAGUACCUCCCAGUAUGGGGAGAGACUGUUGAGACUUCAUUUGAGGCUGGAAUCAAAGUACAGAUCCACAGUCAAGAUGAGCCGCCCUUUAUUGACCAGCUCGGCUUUGGGGUGGCACCCGGAUUUCAGACUUUUGUUUCCUGUCAGGAACAGCGGCUGGUGUAUCUUCCUCCACCCUGGGGUGACUGCAAGACAACGCCCAUGAAUUCAGACUUUUUUGACACAUACAGUAUCUCAGCCUGUCGCAUUGACUGCGAGACCCGGUACUUGGUAGAGAAUUGCAACUGUCGCAUGGUGCACAUGCCAGGCGACGCCCCCUACUGCAGCCCAGAGCUGUAGGAGUGUGCUGACCCAGCUCUAGACUUCCUGUUAGAAAGGGACAAUGACUACUGUGUAUGUGAGACACCGUGCAACACAACACGAUACAGUAAGGAGCUGUCAUUUGUGAAGAUCCCCAGCAAGGCCUCUGCCAAGUACCUGGCUAAGAAGUUCAACAGGUCACAGCAAUAUAUUGCUGAUAAUAUGCUGGUGCUGGACAUCUUCUUUGAAGCCUUGAACUAUGAGACCAUAGAACAGAAGAAAGCCUAUGAAGUAGCAGGGCUGCUGGGUGACAUUGGCGGACAGAUGGGCCUGUUUAUAGGUGCCAGCAUUCUUACUAUUUUGGAGCUGUUCGACUAUCUGUAUGAGGUGGUGAAGCACAAGCUGUGUUUCCACUCCCAGAAGAAGCAGGAGCAGAGCAGCGACAGUGAACAGGGGGCGGUGCUGAGCCUGGAUGACGUAAAGCGUCACGUACAAAGUGUAUACUAAGCAUUAUGUACUCUGGAAGAGAUGCAGGAAGACAAGAUUGUGGAAUGGAGAGAGAGACAGCUUUAUGUAGUGAACCUGUGCGAGAACAGAUACAAAUAAUUAGUUGGGCCCAAAACAAUUUGCAUAAAUAUUUGCAUACAUAUUCUAUGAUUAUCUUGUUCUUGUUCCUUGACUAUGUUUAAUUACAAGUAAUACAUAAAAUUUGUGCAUUCGAAAAGAGCAUCAGUGUUUAAUAUGUAAAUCAAUAUACAUCAGUAUGCCAUUUGUUUAUGUUUCGUCUGAAAGAUUUUGUGUCCAGCUCUUCCCAUUUUAUAUUAGUGUAACCACAUAUCCAAGAAACAAAACAAAAUGGAAUAUAUAUAUAUAUAUAAACAUGAAUGUUUAAAAUUGUACAAAUAAUUAUUUUAUAAUAGUUUAUACUUAUUUUGACUGAAUUCAGCCGGAAAGUUUUUGUUAACAUUUUUAAGGAAAAGUCAGCACGUCCGUGGAAAGAGACGACGUAAGCUAUCUCAAAGUUUUCCGUGUAAUAAUACAAAAACAUACGGGCACCACCUGUGUCUUUCUGUGCAGAAAUAGCACACAGUACACAACCAACGGAUUAUUACUUUCAUGACAAUUAAAUUACUUUAGAGAACCCAUUAACAGCGCUUAGUGGAAAACUGAAUAACAGUUAAGAAACAGUGGAUGCCAACUUAGUAUUAUCAGAAAACUCAUUGGUGUUAAUUUGUUGAACCAAAUAUCUUGAAGCAUAUGUUGAAUGAUAAUUAAUAAAAAAGGAAACGCUGUCACACUUUGCCAUGGGUUGCAUUCCCUGUUAUUAACUGGUACUUCUGCCGUUACUAGCUGCGGUUACUUGAGUUUAAAUGACCUGUAUAUAUUACAGUACCUUAAUUUAACUAAAAAAUGUAUCGGCAGUGUAUUCAUUUAAGAAUUGGACUUUUUAGUAUAAUAUGUAUGUAUUAAUGUAGGUUGUAUUAAUAAUGAUAUCAGCCUAUCUAAAUGGCAGUGUUUACCUGGAUUAGCAGAAUAAAAGUGCCAUACAGUCAGAGUU